UGCAACUUGGUCACACCGCGACAAAUUUUCUUGGUUUCCUAUUCAUUGACUUUGCUACGAGCAUCCUGCACGGAACCCCGUUUGUUUUCUCCAAAAUGGGCAAGAGUGAUAUGUUGCGUAUCAUUUCAAUGCCUCUUCGCCGACCCGCACCCUCAAUUACCCCUGUCACACUACCGCGUAUCAUGACCUAUUAUCAGUUUCAACUCAACCCGCCACGGCCGCAAGAGUUGAGCGUUGGGCGGUCGAGAUGGAUGCCAGAAGGAGGUCUUUUACUUUGGGCCCAAAACAAGGCUGCCGACACUUGGGCGGGUUUCGGAAAGGCAAAGGAGGGAAGCUGGAAGCUGAAGGUCUUCCAGUAUGGUGAGCGUGUCGUUGACAGGAUAGACUUCGAAGAAUUGGCAUUGAAGGGUGUCGACCCUUCCCUAGGGCCAACCGUGUUGCAUCCUGACUUUUCAGGCAAUGUGGGGAAGAAAAAUUCGUCCUUAGUCAAGGUGCAGAUACCCCUACUUUAUCCUCCAUCCAUCAUCUCCGGAGAGGCUUCUCUUGCCCAUUUGUUGGAUCUUCUUGAGCACCGGGAACCUCGGCAUAGAAAAGGAUUUUGGAUCUGGAUGAUUGCUGCUCCGUUUACCGCACCCUUCAUGAUCAUCCCCGUCAUACCUAAUCUACCAUUUUUCUUUUGCGUAUGGCGAUCGUGGUCGCAUUACAGAGCGUACCGAGCUUCCCAGUACCUGAAAGCUCUCCUUGGCGAUGGUACUAUAGUACCCCAGUCCAGCAAGGUUCUUGACCAAAUAUAUCGAGACCAUCUCCCCAAAGCUCUGCCAUCACCAUCGAACGCAGGAUCAUUGGAUUCAAAGAAAUCAGUACCGGCAUCCCCAGUUCCAGGCGAACAGCUACUUUUAUCUCGAGAAGCGAUUCCCAAAAUCAUAUCUUCAUUCAACCUGAGAUCGAGUGCAGCGGCAGACAUGUACAGGGCUGUAGAACAAGCAAGGGUGCGGGUUAAAACAUAGCGGAGAACGAUAGUGGACUGUCAGGACAUUAGAUGGAAACCUUUUAUGCGCAAGGCAUUGUUACCAGGUCCUCGGUGCUUCGUGGAAUACCAACGAGGGGACCCUGCAUCUCAGAAGGCCGACUGACUGUAGGGGCUCAUUAGGACGAAGGGGGUCCUUUCUGUGACACCCAUGAUAUGAGAGAAGACUGAUAUGGGUAAUUGGGAUCGUCUAGUGCGCUCCCGACCCUCAGUUGAAAGACCCUUCUCUAAGCAUCGACGGAUAUGUGUGGUCAUCGAUUCUAUCAAUACAUUGGAGCUGAAAAUUUCGAAUAUACUUUUUGCCAGGCACUAAUGGAAAUUUUCGGUGUCGCAGUCU